AACAACGGCUGGAACAACGGCGGAUGGAACCAGUGGAACAACGUCAACCGUUGGAACUGGGUCUAAGCGUGCGUGCAUCUGAAGAUACCGCCGACUGUUCAGGCACCUAACUGUACAAAAAGGAUGAUUCACGCCUAUGGUUCCGCCCUGGAGGUGGAGGAAUAAUCGAAUGGAGGAAAACGUGUCGAGAGAGACCUUUGAUCGGGUUUAUGUGAGAAGUCUUGCACCCUUUAUCGGUGUUGUUAGUUUAUGACUGCCCGCGAUGGGGAGAGAGAGAGGAUUUGACUACAUAUACGUGUAUUGUGACUCCCGCAAACCAGAACAUGAUUUAUGGCGAAGCACCGGGGCCUAUAGAGGAAGCGGAUGAGGAGAGAAGAGAAGGCAGCGGGAAAAGCUAGAAACGGGGAUGGUGGAAUGGAGAUCCCAUAACUGAAAGGCUUUGGUUCAGCAAAAGUUGGUUUUUAAAAGAGAAAAGUAAGGACCGUUGAGUAACACGAAGUAGGCCAAAGGGAUGAGUGGACGGGGACGCAAAAAUAUCGGCGGUGAGCGAAGAAAGGAGACGGACUCUAUUCAAGUGAAUGGGAAACGACGCAGUGUUUGAGUACUUAACUUCGAAAGAAAAGUCAUGACGAGCCGAAUC